AUGAGGUUGAUUGAUGGUAACGCAACCACGUCCGCGGGCCUCACUACCAGGGCCGCCAAGAAGAAGGCGUUCCCCAACGACCACAUCCUGAUUGUCAAGGGGAGCACCCCGGACAAGUUCCUCAAUGACUUCAUCCGGGAUGUCCAGAAACCACUUCUGGCCGCGGGCUUCGAGCGCCGCACCAUCAACGAACGGGUGCAGAACUGGCGCCCCUUCACCAAACGGGGCCAGCCGAAGCGCACCUGGGGCGCCUGCUUCGGCUCACGUGCGGACGCCGACGCAGCCUGGACCGAAUACCUCCCCCUCAAGAAGCCCCUUCUUGGGAUGGGCAUCAUCAUCGAGCGCUGCAAGCCCGGCUCCAAGGCGGCACCCAAUGGGCCGAGAGAUUCGGCGGCGGAGCUAGUGGAUAUGCGCUAG